ACUUCAGAUGAGCAACGUGAAGAAACCUGUUAUAACGAUUUUUCACCACGUAUGAGUGCUUGCCAGCCGCCAUCAUUAUCUCAGCAGCUGCUGGCGCGUUCCGUGGGACGUACACCUCGACUUCGAUACCUAAUUAGUUAUUAUGCCGAAGUCAUUGCUCCGAUGAUUGUGGCAUUUGAUAGUCCAACCAAUCCUUUUCGAACAUAUAUCCUUCGACUGGCGCAGGAGAGCACAUCUCUUCAAGAAGCCAUCGCGACAUUGGCAAGCUGCAAUCUGCGACAGCGACGCGAACGAGGCACGAGGUCGACGGAGCGAACUUUGCCGGGGCGCCUGUCGUCCAUGGCCCAUCAAGCCUUGACCGACGGAGCAUUACAGGACCGGACCGGUAUCUUUAUGCCUGAAGAUUAUGCCCAGGAAGAGCAGUAUCAUCGAGGCAUGGCGGUCUCCGCCUUGAAUCGGGAAUUGGCCGACUCACAUCAGAGGCUUUCAGACUCCGUCCUGGCGACCUUACUCAUCCUCUGUCUAUUCCACGGAUGUGAUACUGGGGUCGCUCAAUUCAAGACGCAGUUUGCGGGGGUGACAAAAUUGUUGGCUAUCCGACUGUGCAACUCACCUUGCAUGUCGGAUGAACUGAAGUGGUUUGUUCGCAUGUUCACAUGGAUUGACACGAUGACCGCCACGACCAAUGACCGCGAGGUACAGCUUCGCGGUGCUUGCUUGGAUAUCACCGCCGCCUCAGACGGCGAAUGGGGACUGGAAAAUCUGGCGGGAUGUGAUGCCGGACUUUUCAGAAUUGUAGCGCAGCUAGGUCGUUUGAACCUUCUGAGUCAAAAUCAAGAAGUCCGCACAUCUACGCCACCAGACAUCCAUAUGCCAUCCACUACUCUCCCGCCCUCGAUGGCGUUCUUCCCAUCGAACAUUCCAGCCACCUCGUCCGGUCCUUUUGCAUUUACCUUGCCGCCGCUGCCGCCUCCUGGUGAUCGCGACAGAGGACAGCUGCCGCCGGCGUUCUGGGCUGAAUGGUAUUCUCUCCGACAGAAGCUUGAGUCCUGGCGAUUUGUUCCCCACCAAUCGCAGUCACGGUCACCUCUCUUUACAUCCAGCCACGCCUACAUCUCGCCACCUUCAUCCCCGACAGACCAGCCGGUGGUCGCAGCUCACAAUCUCAAGGACGUCAUACACAUCUCUGAGUCAUUCCGUCAUGCGGCGAUCUUGUACAGCGAGCGACUCGCCUAUCCAGACCUACCGUCCGAUCACCCUCGUAUUCAAAACAUUGUGCAACACAUAAUGAGUCACAUUAUGACCGUUCAAUCUGACGCGUAUCUCCUGUGGCCACUAUUCAUCACCGGGUCGGAGUGCGUGCGUGCCGAUCAUCGCGCCAUUAUCCGCCAACGGUGCAAAGAUCUAUCCAGGGAUUCUGGGUUCUUCAACAACCUCUCAUGCUUGCAGCUCCUGGAGAAGAUCUGGGCAGAGAACCCUGCCGUGGACGUGAUCCCUGUUGUCUCAUCCCUUGAUUUCGGCUUGCAGGCAGCCGCCAGCGGGUGCGUGAGCGAGGUUACAUUUCUCCCGCCUGGAAGCUGGGCCUCGUCCCAGCAUGAGGCUUUCAUGUCUCCGACACUGCCCUCUGUCUCUCGGAAGCAGGGAUUCCGCUGGCACGAGGCGAUGCAAACCAAACGCGCGGAGGACGAAUAUAUGACUGUAUGACGUGACCUGACGGAUACGUGCAUCAAAACGACGAGUCCAGCAUGAAUUGCGAGGACCAAUUAUAAUAUAGAGGUAUCAUAUUAGCGAAAUAUAAUGAACAUAAUGCAAC